AUGGCUUCCAUCGGCACACAAGCAAGCUUGACUUCUUAUUUUCCUCCUCAAUGGAUAUAUGAUGUCUUUAUUAGUUUUAGAGGCGAAGACACCAGGAAUAACUUUACUAGCCAUCUAUAUACUAAUCUGGCACACAGAGGCAUUGAUGUAUACAUGGAUGAUAGGGACCUAGUGAGAGGAAAGACCAUCGAAGUUUCUCUUUGGAAGGCCAUUGAAGAAUCAAGGUUUUCAGUCAUCGUAUUUUCAAGAUAUUACGCAUCUUCGCCAUGGUGCUUAGAUGAACUUGCCAAGAUUGUUCAAUGCAUGAAAGAAAUGGGGCACACUGUUUUGCCAAUUUUCUAUGACGUGGAUCCAUCAGAGGUAGCCGAGCAGAAAGGGAAUUAUGAGAAGGCCUUCAUUGAUCAUGAAGAAAAUUUCUCGGAAAAUUUGGAGAAGGUGCAAAGCUGGAAAGAUUGUCUCACUACAGUGGCGAAUCUAUCUGGUUGGGAUUUACGGAGCAGAAAACAUGAGCUGUUUGAUGGAGCUUCAUUUGGACGGGACUGGGAUUGCAGAACUAUCUUCAUCAAUUCAUCAUUUGGUUGGGUUAGAAUUGCUGUAAAUCCCACGGAUAAAGUGUUGCCUUCUUUGUCUGGUCUGUGUUCUUUAGAAGUGCUGGAUUUAUGUGCUUGCAAUCUAGGAGAAGGGGCAGUUCCUGAAGAUAUUGGCUGCUUAUCUUCAUUGAGGUGUUUAGAUCUGAGCAGGAAUAACUUUGUUAGCCUGCCUAAAAGCCUAAAUCAGCUUUCUAGGCUGGAAAUACUUGCCUUGGAGGACUGCAGGAUGCUUGAAUCAUUGGCUGAGGUUCCAUCAAAAGUUCAAACAGUAAAUUUGAAUGGUUGUAGACGCCUAAAAAAAGUACCAGAUCCAAUAAAGCUAAGCAGUUUGAAAAGAUCAGAGUUCAACUGUCUUAACUGCUGGGAAUUAUACAAGCAUAAUGGCCAAGACAGCAUGGGAUUGACCAUGCUUAAGAGAUACCUCCAGGGCUCGUCUAAUCCAAGACCUGGAUUUGGUAUUGUUGUUCCAGGACAUGAAAUUCUAGGCUGGUUUAACCAUCAAAGUGAGGGAUCUUCAAUUAGUGUGGAAGUGCUUUCUAAAUAUUUGGAUUGUGAUGGUAGUGGGCCGAUGGGGUUUGCUGCAUGUGUUGCAUUCAGUGCAUACAAUGAAAGUUCUUCUCUCUUUUGUCAUUUUAAAGCCAAUGGAAGAGAGAAUUAUCCUUCGCUGAUGUGUAUAAGUUGCAACUCUAUCCAAGUUCUGUCAGAUCAUCUUUGGUUAUUCUAUCUUUCUUUUGAUUACCUUAAAGAGCUCAAAGAAUGGCAGCAUGAAUCCUUCAGCAACAUUGAGUUGUCGUUUCAUUCUUAUGAUCGAGUAAAGGUGAAGAAUUGUGGUGUCUCUUUGUUAUAUAGUCCAUCAUCAGAAUCAUCUGCUGCCAAUUCAUCUGGAUCUCGAUUGUGGAAAAGGUAA